CGGCGCUGCUUCGCGAUGCUCCGACAUGAACACAUCAGCGCAGCGAUUUCACAACAACUCUCUCAUCGUACCCGUGCAGUGCGUGUUGUCUGGCAGGGCGCGGUAUCGGUUUUCGGGAAAGUGCGUGUUACAAUGGACUCGAAGUGCAUAGAAGCACUUCAGAAAAUGAAGCUUUCUCAUCUUAUCGAUAAGUCUGCUGCACAUGCAGCAUUAAUUUUUGGUCCACAGAAUGAUGUGGAUAAACUUUUUAAAAGUAUUGUGCGUAAUAAAUGCAACAAUUGCAGCCGAUCUAUCGUCUCUACUGGUUCUACUCAUGACAAAUAG